CGGUUCAGACUCUGACGUCAUCAGUCUAAGGCGGAAGUAGCUGUCAGGAUGAGAUGAGCUGUGAGAAAAAAGGCUGUAAAGUGUUUUAAAAAUACUUUAACACAUAAAGAAAACUGAGAGAUAAGCAGCUAUGAAGACCGUGUUUGUUACUGUCGGCACCACGAGCUUCGAUGAGCUCAUUGAAAGCAUCACGAGUCCGGAGACCGUUCAGGCUUUAACGGCUCGUGGAUAUGAGCGUUUGGUCCUUCAGGUUGGUAGAGGGUCUCUUGUGCCAGCUGCUGACAGCUGUCCGGACGUCACACUGGAGGCUUAUCGAUUCAAAGACUCGAUAGCAGAAGACAUCGAGCAGGCCGACCUCGUCAUCAGCCACGCAGGAGCGGGAAGUUGUUUGGAGUCGCUCGGUGCCGGAAAAUCUCUGCUGGUCGUCGUCAACGACAAAUUGAUGAACAACCACCAGCUGGAGAUGGCCAGACAGCUGCACAUGGACUCACACCUGUUGUACUGCACAUGCAGGUAUGACUUUCCAUCUUUACACUUUAUAAAGGUCAGAAUGAUUUGA